GCCACGUCACUCCCCCGUCAAAGCGCUAACACUGUCAACGCGGGUUACGCCGUUAGAUUGGAUGCUUUCCUUAACUCUCUCUCGCUCUCUCUUAUAAUCAUCCAUUCUUCUUCCACCACUCAAUUUUUCUCUCUCCCCCGUUGAAUUCCCCUUUUUUUCCUCUCUUCCAACAAAGGCGGCCUUCGCCGUAGUCACUUUCUUCUUCUUCUUCCAGAUCUGAACGCCGGGAAAUUUCAUAAUCAUAGAUAGAGAGAUUCUCAUGUCGUCGCCCAGGCCAUCCUACUGGUGCUACCGCUGCAAUCGAUUCGUCCGUGUGUGGAGCCAGGCGCAGGAAGACGACGAUCCAGUCUCGUGUCCGAAUUGCGAGAGCGGGUUUGUGGAGGAGAUCGAGAAUCCUCCGCAGAUGACUCCGAUGGAGACGCGCCCCCACCGGCGGAGUUUCCCCGCGGCUAUGUUCAUGCCGGAGCCGAGACGAGCCGGCGGGGGCCGAGGAGGUGGAGGUAGGCGGAACGGCGGAGGUGGCGACAGAUCGCCGAUUAAUCCGGUCAUCGUGCUCCGCGGCGGAGCCGACAGUGGGAGCCAGAGUGGGAAUAGCUUCACCAGUACCGGGAACGGGAGCGGCGAGGGAGGAGGCCGUGGAUUCGAGUUGUAUUACGACGACGGAGCCGGUUCUGGAUUGAGGCCGCUGCCGCCGAGCAUGUCGGAGUUUCUGCUCGGAUCUGGAUUCGAGCGGCUGUUGGAUCAGCUCUCGCAGAUCGAAUUGAACGGUAUGAGUCGGUACGACCACCCCCCGGCGUCGAAGGCGGCGAUUGAAUCGAUGCCGACGGUAAUCAUCAGCGAGAAGCACACAUCCACGGAGUCUCACUGCGCGGUGUGUAUGGACGCUUUCGAGAUCGAAUCGGAGGCCAGGGAAAUGCCCUGUAAGCAUCUGUACCAUUCCGAUUGCAUCCUCCCCUGGCUCUCUCUCCGCAACUCGUGCCCGGUCUGCCGCCACGAGUUGCCGGCAGCGGACGAGGACCGAUCCGUCGGCGAGCAGGGCGCGGCGGAGACCGUCGAGGAGGAAGCGGUCGGGCUGACCAUCUGGAGGUUACCAGGCGGCGGGUACGCGGUGGGGCGGUUCACUGGAGCCAUGAGGGGAGAAAGGGAUCUCCCCGUGGUCUACACAGAGAUGGACGGGGGAUUUAACAACACCAACACCAUCGGUGGCUUGCCUCGGCGGAUCUCGUGGGGAUCGAGAGGAAGCCGUACCCGGAGGGACAACAGCGGUGCCGGCAGCGGCAGCAGCCGCGGCGGCGUGUUGGGCCUUGGCCGGGUUUUCCGGCACUGGUUUGCUUGUUUCGGCAUGGCGGAAAGCGCAGAUUCGAGAUCUAGACGGAUGGCCGGUCGGUCGCCGUCUUUCAUCGUUACGACUUCGUCGGCGAGGAGGAAUCGGUGACCGGUGGUCAAACCGUGAGGCAGGAUCGGUAUAAAGGCGGCGAAGCCGCGCGAAAUCGGCCGGCAGUCAUCUGUAUGUAUAUAUUUUCUACGGGUCUAUUAAACAUGGAAAUCGAUUUAUAAUGGAGUCGACGGCGAUACUGAAACAUCUGGUCCGGUCGGUGGCUGCUGCCGGAAAAGAAGGGAUUGGAAUGCAGGGAAUGAAUCAUGGAUAUUAUUUUGGAACAUUAAUUACAGAAAUUAUUUCCUUUGCUUAAUUUUUGAGGGGAUGAACGAACCAAUUUAAUUUUGUCUUGACUCUUGAGUAAUUAAUUUGUAAUUUUGUAGCCUAAUUUAAUGUCUGCCGGUUUAAUUGCGGAUUGUGGAGCAUUUUGCUGUUAGUUCAUAAGAUUGAAUUGGAUUGGAUACAGUUAUUGUAUGGUGGGCCGGUCCAGGGAUUUGUUUGUUUGCACAUUGGUAGGUUAUGGGCCAUGGGCCCAUGAAAGGGUCAAACCGGCAGAACCUGCGGCGGCCCAGUUGGGGAAAAGGAUUUGCAUUUGGCAGCUUCGCGGUUGCUGGCGCUGGCUGGCAUGUGGGGUUAGGUUAGGACAGGUUCCGGAUCUUAAUUAAUAGAUGGUAUAUAUUUGUACGAUUAACCAUAUAAUCUUGUAGGGAAUCCCAAUUAUUCGCAUUUUUAUGUCAACGAUUAGUUGGUUUCUUAAUUAAUUAAUUAAUUAAGAAAUUUUGGGUCUUAUU